GAGCGAAGCGCUAACACACGGAGCGCGCACCCAACACGGAGCGUCACAUACCAUGCCUCCUCGCAGCAUCACCACCAACACCACACAGCCAGCAUCACCACCGCCUCGCUGCGGAAUAGACAACGUGCGGUAGCCGUCACACAUCUCACCACACACACAGCACACAUCAUCAUCCUCCUCCCCCUCUUCUUCUUUUUGUUCCCAUUCUUGUGAGAAUAAAUGUAUCGCUUGCGCCGCUCGCUACUCCGUCGCUCCUGCUGCUGCCUCCGCCACCACCACCACCACCGCAUUCUGCCGUGCCACUCGUCUCAUCGAUGAGCGCCUCCGAUCAGCUCGCACGCAUGGCUAAUUCAUCCAGCAGCAGUAGCAGCAACAUCGUCAGCGCCAUCAACAGCUGCGGCAGCGGCGGCUGCAACAGCAUCGUGGGCGAGUGGCUCAAAGCCCUGCGCCUGGGCCAGUACGCCGACUCGUUCCUGGACAAUGGCUACGACGACCUGGAGAUCUGCAAGCAGAUCGGAGACGCCGACCUGGACGCCAUCGGCGUGCUGGAGCGGAGGCACCGCCGCAAGCUGCGCGCGGCCGUGGCGAGGCUGCGGCAGGACGGAGGCACGGCCGUCUACUUCACGCUGGAACCUCCGCACGCGACUGCUGCUGCUGCUGCGGCUGCUGCUGCUCGUGCUGGUUGUGUCCAGCGAGCGGUAGCGGCUGGAGGCGCGCGGGUGGACUUGCGUUGCCUGCUGCAUAGCCACGCGGGCACGGAGAGACACCGUCAGUAUGUCCUUCAUCAGCAGCAGCAGCAGCAUUAUCAUCAGCAGCAGCAAUAUCAAUAUCAACACCUCCUCCUGCACGGAUCACCUGAAACGGGGAAUUGCCUUCGGGGCGGCCCGCUUGUCUAUUGUGUGGAGCAGGGCCAUCCCGUGUCGUGCAAGCAGCAGCAGCAGGAGCAGCAUGAGCAGCAGGAGGAUGCGUUGGCUUACGGAGCUUAUGGUCACGAGGAGAAUUCAAAGCAUCGGUCGGUGGAUGGGGAGAGGAUUACCUACCCGAAGCUCAAGCUGAAGAUCAUGAUCCGGGAUAAGUUACUGCGGGAUGGCAUCCAACUCACGAGGCCUCCAUACUCCCAACAGGCUGCGUCACUGGAGGCGGUGUCGCAGCGCUACGCGGACUACUUCCACACGCACACGGGUGACGUGUUCCAGCGCCUGGAGGAGAUCCGCAAGCGCCGCGUCACCCUGGAGCCCGAGGACUCGGCCCAGGGCAUUGGACGGGAGGCUGACGCCGACAGCGACCAAGCGCAGGCCAAGGAGGCGACGAAUUUUGGACACAUUGCAUCGCCAUCGGAAGACUUAGAAAGCUCUCUGCACAAGUCGACAUCGCAAGACGAGGCAGUGGGAAAAUCCGACAGCAAGAAGAAAGGGCGCUCCUUCUGGCAGAGUCUGCAGAGACUACCCAGCCGCACGUCUACGCGGACACCCAACCGGACACCCACGAGGACUACAAGACAGGGCAGCGUCUCUAGUCAAGGUGCCCAGGCCAGACAGGGCAGCGUCUCUAGCCAAGGUGCCCCCACGAGCCCGGGCGUGAACUUCGUCGCGAGCGAGAUAACGAUGAGCGACGAGGAUCGCAUCGAGCUCAUGACGAUGGUGAAGGACAGGCGCCUCACCAUAGACGAAGCCCUCGCCAAGCUGGAGGCUUACGAGACGUUCAACCAGCAGUGGAGAAGGGAGUCCUGCCCGUCCCCUCUGCUGGCGCAGCACGCCUGCCACACGUUGCCGCGGCGAGACCGCCACUGCGCAGCCGCUCACGGCGAGGUGCAGAGUGACUACGAGCCGGACAGUUGCAGUAAGUUCGGUCGGCUACACAAGCUGGAAUCGUCGCGCGCUGCAGACCGACCUCGCUUUGUCGCGGCGGGAGAAGUGCCGUUUUGGGGGUCCAGCGACGGGUCGAGGACCCCUACACGGGCGUCCGAGCAGCCGCCCGAGUACGAGGAGCCCCCCAUGGUGAUGAUGAUGAUGGCAGCGGCGGUGGCGGGAGGUGAGCCACGUCAGGCCCCUUCCGCCGGCGUCCCGGCCGCCGCUGGGCCCCGGGUCCGCUCGGCUUCGGAAGGCCGGGCGUUCUGCCCGUCGGCCUCGUACGCGUACUCCUACUCGCCACCGCCGUCCCCGCACACGCGCUCGCUCACCUCGACGCCCGAGGCUCUGCGGGCACGGAGAAGGCAGUGGCCCGGCCGCACGGGCAGCAUCGCGGACGACUACGGCCUCAUCAGGCCCCCCAUGGGCCCCCGGGCCGGGUGGCGGCACCGCGGCUCCGGCCAGUCGGAGGAGCCGUGCCGCGGUCACGUGAGGACCAGCAGUUUCGGGGGAUUUGACCUUUCCGCCCGGGUCAGUGGCUCUACCUCUUCUGAUAAGGCGAACUCACCCACCAAGCAUGGCUCCGUGGCGAGGGGGGACGACUCGACGCUGGACGGUCGCGGGAGCCGACGUGCCGGUGGUGGCGGCGGCGCCGACAGCUUCCUGGGCAAGAAGGUGAAGUCGGUGCGUGAGUCGGUGCGCAAGACGGUCACCAAGCUCACCAAGGCCAACUACGAGGUGCUGCCCAAGAGUUCGGACAAGCUGCCGCUGUGCCAGCCGCUGGGCGCGGACGACAGGGAGGGGGGCGCCCACCCAACAGCCCAGCCCGAGGCGGGAGCCCAGCCCACGGGCGACUCCAUGGAGAGUCUGCGCAGCUCCUACAGCGGACACAGCUCCAACAGCGGGCAGACCGUGACGACCUCGGACUCGGGGGGCAGGGUGGACGGCUGCUGCCAAGCGGUGAGCGGCGCGGCCGGCGGCGGCGAGGAGGGGCCCGGCUACUCGGGACCCUUCUGUGGGCGCGCGCGAGUCCACACGGCCUUCACGCCCAGCCCCUACGACAGCGACUCGCUCACACUGCAGAAGGGCGACGUCAUCGACGUCAUCAGCCAGCCCCCGAUGGGCACGUGGAUCGGGCUGCUCAACCGCAAGGUGGGCACGUUCAAGUUCGUCUACGUAACUGUGCUGCCCGAGGGCGAGACCAACAACAACGACAACGACGCUGCGGGAGCCGGGCGCAAGGCCCGCCCGAGGCCCAAGCACCGUCGGCCCAAGCCCAAGACGGUGGAGGAGCUGCUGCACAGGAUGCACCUGGAGGAGUACAUCUCCACGUUCCUGCUCAACGGCUACGAGGACCUGGACACGUUCAAGCUGCUGGAAGGCGAGGAUCUGGACGAGCUGCUCAUCCACAACGCCGAGCACCGCGCCAAGCUGCUCACCGCCGCCGAGCUCCUGCACGACUACGACCACGUGCCGACUACCCACAAUGCAGCGGAGGCGAAGGAGGCAGGGGGCGGCACUGCCGCGCCCGCUGCCGCCGAGGAGGAGUCGCCGCGGGACUCGGGCUGCUACGAGAGCUCCGAGCCGCUGGACUGGCCCCGGUAGGGAGGAACACGGUGGGCAAGCCGAGGCCUCUGCCGAUACGGCCACGGAGCUGUGACCGCCCGGGUUCCGAGCCCUGGC